GGCCUUGCCCCAUCGAGACCUCGGGGACCCGCUCCCCUUUCCCUCUCUCUUGCUCCCUGGAGGGAUCGUCCUGGAGUUCGGCUGUAGAACAGCAGGAUGGGCUGUCCCUCUCUGUCUCCAUCUCCUCCCCUCCGGACGCCCGCAUCGGCCGAUACCGCCUGGUCCUGGACGCCUCCACCCAGUAUCAGGGCUCCAGCUUCAACCUGGGCGAGUUUGUCCUGCUCUUCAACCCCUGGUGUCCAGAGGACUCUACGUAUAUGGAGAACGAUGAGGACCGCGUUGAGUAUGUGCUGACCCAACAAGGCCUGAUCUACCAAGGAUCGAAGGACUACAUCAUCUCCAUCCCCUGGAACUUCGGACAGGUGAGCUGUUCUCUUGUUCUGCUAGGGGUAAGACCGCCUCUCCUGGAGGGUAUCUGUCUAUCCCACCACAUCAGGAGAGGUGGAAGAACUUCAGGUCCCUUCCAUUAAACAUGGCCACCUGGUAGGACCACUUUUUCUGGAGUGGCAGAUCUUUGGACAAAGAUCUUGCCAAGAGACU